UUGAGAAGAAAAACGGCGCCCGUCUCUUGCAAUUUCUAUUCAACCAAAGGACCCCCCAACCCCAGCUUUCUCCAUUUCCUGCGCGUAUUGUUAUUGUUAAAAGUGAAAUAUAAAGAAAAUAAUUUAUGGGUUCUUAAUCUUUUUGACAAUUGAUUAUUUACUUUGACGAUUCUUGGCUAUAAGAGCUCAAGAUUGAGAAAAUGUUUGGACUUGCUCUAAAUUGUCUGCGAGGUUCACCGUAGCAACUCAGCUCAGGAGAUGAAGGCUUAAGAUAUAUGCUGAAAUAGUUAAAGAUGAAUUUGUUUCGGAUUUCAGCUGGAAUUUGGUGUUUCUGGGUCUUAUGCUGUUCAAUUUGGUCAAUUAUUAGUCAAAAAUCACAUCUUGAGGGUUGAUCAUCUAUAGGAAAGGGAAUCGACGACAUUAGAUUCGAGUAUUAUGUGGUGACUUGGGCUUCCAUGGAGAGUGCAUCCAAAUUGUACAGGGCAAUGUUUUCAGAAACACAUUUCGAUAUGAGUUGGUGCUGCUUUGGUGCAAGGAAAAAGCCUCAACAAGAACUGGGAGGUUGCUCGCAGAAUAUAAGGCUUUUCUCUUACAAUGAACUGCUAUCUGCAACGGGCAAUUUUCUUCCAAGCAAUAGGAUAGGUCGUGGAGGUUUUGGAACUGUCUACAAAGGUACUCUUAGAAAUGGAAUGCUGAUUGCUGCAAAGGUGCUCUCUGCACAAUCCAGGCAAGGGAUUAAUGAAUUUUUGACAGAGAUUGACGUCAUCACAAAUGUUAAGCAUCCAAACCUUGUUGAGUUGCUCGGCUGUUGUGUUCAAGAAAGCAACAGGAUUUUGGUCUAUGAGUAUGCAGAAAACAAUAGCCUCGAUCAUGCAUUGCUAGGUCCUCGUAGCCGACCAGCUGAUCUUAAUUGGGAAAUAAGAUCUGAAAUUUGUUUGGGAACGGCCAAGGGGCUUGCUUAUCUUCAUGAAGGAGUUGCGCCACAUAUUGUGCAUAGAGACAUCAAAGCUAGCAAUGUUCUCCUUGACAAAAACUUUGUCCCAAAAAUUGGAGAUUUUGGUUUAGCAAAGCUUUUUCCUGAUAACGUCACACAUAUCAGCACGCGUGUAGCUGGCACGAGUGGAUAUUUGGCGCCUGAGUAUGCAGCGCGUGGACAAUUAACAAGGAAGGCAGAUGUAUAUAGCUUUGGUGUUCUUGUACUCGAAAUAAUUAGUGGGAGAAGUAGCUCAAGGUCUUGGUCUGAAAUGGAGAAAUAUCUCCUGGAACGGACCUGGGAGCUUUACGAAGAAGAAAGACUAUUAGAACUAAUGGAUCCAGAGCUCAAAGAGUAUCCCGAAGAACAGGUCAUCAGAUACAUCAAAGUCGGCCUCUUCUGCACGCAAGGGGCCGCUGUACGGAGGCCCUCCAUGCCUCAGGUCGUACAGAUGCUGUCGAAACCCAUUAGACUCAACGAGAAGGAAUUGACUCCUCCAGGCCUCCUCGAAGACUGGAGAAAAACUGGAGAAGGAUUUAGGUUAAAGAAGUUGGAUCCAGAUAACAAGGAUUCAUCAACGAUGAAUACUACGUCACCACUCACUUCAACGCCUGUUACAUUCAGCGAAAUGGGCCCACGUUAAGGAGUGAAAGUACAGGGCAAUUUAGGAGCUAACCUGAUGCUAGAGAAACAACAAACAGUUUAAUCGGUGGGGAAUUAUUGGGCUAAUUCUUUUCAUAUUUUCCGACCUAAAGAUCAAAUGUGUUUGUUUCUUUAUCCAAAAUUUUUCAUGUAGAAAUUUGAUGAUGAGCACACAUGUAGAUAGCCAUUUGGGAGGAACCCUGCAUAUAAGCAUAAUGGAGAAAAAUUGCAAAAUGCCACGCUUGUUUGUGUGAUGCAUUCAACCA